AUGUCUCAAAAACCACUGCCAGAUGGGCCGGAGUACCUCCAUUUACUCCUGCUGCUCUACGGCUCGAAGAAAGACGACCAAUUGUCCGACGACCGCUUUGGCCAGGACCAGCGACGCGUCGAGGUCGACCUCCGUCUCAAGCUGCCGCGCACAGAUAUGCAUCCACCAGAGAUUGACCGGUAUGCGCGCGAGUUUGUCUGGCUCAACUACGCCAGUGUCAAGCACACGCAAAAGCCAAACGCGCCCGCAGACAAGCCUGCGCGAAUGUCGCAGCAAGACGCCGCGAGCUGGGCCCAUCUCAAGCCACCGCGCAUCAAUCUCUACUUACACCUCGUCUGCGACCCCAGUACAGGCCCAUGCGCCUUGAAGCUCCGGGAGGCGCAUCUCUUCAUGGCGGCGACAACUGGCUUCCCGCCGCAGCCACCUGGCCCACGCGAGAAUCCGUUUGAAUAUUCGCCCAUGGCCGUCUGCGCAGGCUGCCAGCGCGAGGAGACUAUGGACAUGCUCACGAAGAAGUGCAGCGGGUGCGAUCUCACCAGGUACUGCUCGCCCGACUGCCAGAAGAAACACUGGCGCGAGCAUAAAGCGUUCUGCAGGACACCCAAGGCGGUCAAGUGGGUGUGGCCGUAG